UUGGAAGCUCAAAGGUCGUGAAAUGGCAAACGCAGAUCAGCCUGACACUGUCUUUUGUGUGGGAAGGAAUUCACGUGGUCGGACUAACGUCAGUCAUGAUGGACACAUUGGCAUUGAAGAUCUGAGAAUUAAGAUUGAGAAAAAUGCAUCUAAAAUAUGCAACGAUUUUGCCAAAAAACAUAUAAAUUAUAAACUAAAGAUCUGUGAAUACCUGUCUAAAAUAAUCCCAAACUAUCCAACCCCUGUUGAGAUUCACAUCUCUGAGGUGACUCAUGUCACUGACGAAGACAGUCUUCGGGAAAUCUUAGACUCAGGGGGUUUCCAGGGUUGUGGAAGAAGAAAUUAUACGUUUUCGUGGUGGAGUCUGAAGAUCGUCGAUAAGAGUAUAAGAGCUGCUGAACAACGUUAUCUAGAGGACACACUUCCAAACAGAACCCAAGAGCAAAGAGAAAGGCAGAAGCCGUUCCUGAAUAAAUUCACAACAUCACCUGCAUUCGACAAUGAGAAAUCACGCUAUGGUAACUUUCGCUUCACGUUUCCCCUGACUGAACUGAUGGAACGAUACAGGAAUGAGAUGUGUGGAGGGCAAAAUCCAGUUCUCAGGGAAUUUAAGACCAUAUUUUACAGACAAGAGAUCAUGUAUGUUGUUCUUAUACACAGCCCAGAAGUCAAUGAGAAGUUUAAGAAUUUCCGAGAGAUUGAAUCCAGUUUAUUUGUUGAUUAUAAGGAGGAUACAAUUAUCUGGAAAGCACAAGCCAUUUGUAAUAACCUUCAAUUCCAGUUGUUACUAAAUGAAGAGAACAAAAUAGCAGUAACUGAACCUGUUAUAAACCAGUUCUAUGUGUGGGAUCACAUUACCCUAGCGUUUUAUUUUAAUGGGGUCCUACAUUUCCCUAAAGAAAAGCUAAUAGAAUGUCUCACUUGUUGUGAAACUGCUGACAUCAACCUUUCACGAAGUGAUGACUUAUCCCUUGAAGAAGCUAAAGAAAUAUUGUGCAGUCUUACAGUUCAAUAGUUGAUGAUGUUUUUGGUUCCCUACACCGUUCAUCCCUUCAUAGUUCUCACUCCUGUGGGUAAACCCUUUUAAGAGAUUAUGCCAUAUUGAAUGGGGCUCCUAGAAUGGAGUGCAGUUCUGUAUUCCUUUUCACAUUUAUUUACAUUUACAUUUAAUAAUUUGUCAGACAUUCGUACAGACAUUCGUACUGUACUUCAACUUGCUGUGAAAUGAUUAAAGACUGAAAAUAAAAAGUUAUAAAAUAAAAUAACCAACUUAGUUUUUAUCAAUAUAUUUUGAAAUAUAUCUAAAUAUACAUAAAUAUAUCUGCCUUUAGUUGUAAAGAUAUAGUUCAAAAAGGUGAGGCCGACCUACUGUAAUUUAGCAGCAUUAUACAUUUUUACAUCAUUACAGUAAUUAUGCUUGUGUAAGAUUACUUUAUUGUCAGUGUAUUUUUUGUAUGUAUUUAUAGUACAAUUUUGACAUUUCACUCAAUAGUUUGAUAUUUUCAGAA